AUGGAUGUUCGCUCCGAUGCACAAACGGACCCCGCAGUGAUUUCCCCCCAAGACCCCACCUUGCUGAUCGGCUCCUCGCUGGUGGCCACGUGCACGGUCAGCCCGGACUUUCACCUGAAAGCCGAGGACCUGUACUGGACCCUCAACGGCCGGCGCCUGCCCGCCGCCUCCUACGUCGCCCUGGGGCCCACCACGCUCAGCGUGGUCCUCGCCCGCCUCAACGGCUCCAAGCAGCAGUCGGGGGACAACCUGGUGUGUCACAGCAGAGACGGGGGCAUCUUGGCCGGCUCCUGCCUUUACGUUGGACACCCCGCAGUGAUUUCCCCCCAAGACCCCACCUUGCUGAUCGGCUCCUCGCUGGUGGCCACGUGCACGGUCAGCCCGGACUUUCACCUGAAAGCCGAGGACCUGUACUGGACCCUCAACGGCCGGCGCCUGCCCGCCGCCUCCUACGUCGCCCUGGGGCCCACCACGCUCAGCGUGGUCCUCGCCCGCCUCAACGGCUCCAAGCAGCAGUCGGGGGACAACCUGGUGUGUCACAGCAGAGACGGGGGCAUCUUGGCCGGCUCCUGCCUUUACGUUGGACUACCCCCAGAGAAACCGGUCAACAUCACCUGCUGGUCCAAAAACAUGAAGGACCUGACCUGCAAAUGGGCGCCGGGGACGGAGGGGGAGACCUUCCUGCACACCAACUACACCCUCAAGUACAAGCUCAGGUGGUACGGCCGAGACAACACGUGCCAGGAGUACCACACGGCCGGGCCCUACUCCUGCCACAUCCCCAAGGACCUGGCCCUCUUCACGCCCUACGAGAUCUGGGUGGAGGCCUCCAACCGGCUGGGGGUGGCCGUCUCCGACGUCGUCAUGUUGGACAUCCUCGAUGUGGGUGAGCUGGGGGACCCCGCAGUGAUUUCCCCCCAAGACCCCACCUUGCUGAUCGGCUCCUCGCUGGUGGCCACGUGCACGGUCAGCCCGGACUUUCACCUGAAAGCCGAGGACCUGUACUGGACCCUCAACGGCCGGCGCCUGCCCGCCGCCUCCUACGUCGCCCUGGGGCCCACCACGCUCAGCGUGGUCCUCGCCCGCCUCAACGGCUCCAAGCAGCAGUCGGGGGACAACCUGGUGUGUCACAGCAGAGACGGGGGCAUCUUGGCCGGCUCCUGCCUUUACGUUGGACUACCCCCAGAGAAACCGGUCAACAUCACCUGCUGGUCCAAAAACAUGAAGGACCUGACCUGCAAAUGGGCGCCGGGGACGGAGGGGGAGACCUUCCUGCACACCAACUACACCCUCAAGUACAAGCUCAGGUGGUACGGCCGAGACAACACGUGCCAGGAGUACCACACGGCCGGGCCCUACUCCUGCCACAUCCCCAAGGACCUGGCCCUCUUCACGCCCUACGAGAUCUGGGUGGAGGCCUCCAACCGGCUGGGGGUGGCCGUCUCCGACGUCGUCAUGUUGGACAUCCUCGAUGUGGUCACCACCGACCCCCCGUCGGAUGUCCACGUCAGCCGGGUGGGCGACCUGGAGGACCAGCUGAGCGUGCGCUGGAGCUCCCCGCCAGCUCUCAAGGAUUUCCUCUUCCAAGCCAAGUACCAGAUCCAGUACCGGGUGGAGGACAGCUCGGAGUGGAAGGUGGUGGAUGAUGUGGGCAACCAGACGUCCUGCCGGCUGGCCGGCCUCCGGCCCGGCACCGUCUACUUCGUCCAGGUGCGCUGUAAUCCCUUCGGCAUCUACGGCUCCAAAAAAGCCGGCAUCUGGAGCGACUGGAGCAACCCCACGGCUGCCUCCACCCCACGCAGCGAGCGAGCGGCGGGGGGCUGCGACCCCAAAGGUGGGGAGCAAAACACGACGCUGCGGCGGGAGCUGAAGCAGUUUUUCGGGUGGGUGAAGAAACACGCCUACGGCUGCUCCAACCUGGGCAUCAAGCUCUACGACCAGUGGCGCGUGUGGCUGCAGAAAUCCCACAAAACACGCAACCAGUCAAUUAGGAACAGAUUUAAGCUUAAUGCCAAUAAACCUCUGAAACCCCACCGGGGUCUGCGUCAGCGGAGCAGCAGCAGCGCGCGGGGACGGGGAAGCAGCGGGCAGCCAAACGGGACCCCUGUCCCUCGUCACCCCCUGCCGUGGGACACGGAGAGGGGGGCACGGGGCGGGGGACGACAAGCCCUUUAGACCACAGGACUCAGGCCGGCUCCACGGGGACAAAUUUAUUGUGGAACGACUGUAGGAUUAAAAAAAAAAAAAA